AACACGUCUCGUGGGACGCUCCGUAGGGACGCCUUCGAGAAGUUGGCUGUUCUGUCAUCGCAGGCUCCACCUUCACAUGCAGCUCAUCAGGAUAUACCACGCCUUUGUUCCUUCUACAACAAGACCGACACCUCAUCCAAUGGAAGUGCCAAAGGUCCUAUUGGUCUCCGUGAACUCGAAGUUUUGAUAGCUUUGUGUCGCGCCUCAUCUUCGAUCGAUUCUCUGCAACACGCCGAACGUCUUCUUCAACAAAUAACCCCGUAUCUGACGGAAGCCCACACUCAAACACUCCGACCUUCGCCUUUUCUGCGCCAUGUCCAUCCAUCGCCGUGGGAGGUACUUGUGCAGGAGGUCGCGUCGGCCAUGCUCAACGUUGGUCUGAGAAUCCCUUCAUUGCGCCCGCAGGUAAUCAGAACUAUCAUCGACACAAUCGACACAUACGUGCGUCAGGGUCAAAGUAUCAACCGUCUCGAGGCAUCUGAACAUUCUACUCUGAAUCUUGAUAAUGCGUCUAAGACCAUAACUUUCUCUGUCUCACUGCUCGGUCUUCUCUCAGCACUUGCCGAGAAGCCUCAGGUUCUUACAGUACAAGAACGCGCCUCCGUCACUCGCAAGCUUCGAACCUUGUAUGUCGAGAAGUUUAUGAUUGCCAUCGAAGGAAACCUUUCUUCGAUUCGCAACUCUCAUGGCAUUCAUGUCAGAGAGUGGAAACGUCUGCUCAAGGUCUAUGCCUCCAUGGGAAGACCAUUGGGCGCAAUGUUGUUGCAGAAUGCUUUCACAAACUAUCUGGCAGCCUCAGCUACUGCCAUGGUUGCACCUCCUGACUUUCCCCAAGGUGGUCAGAUCUUGGAUUAUCUUCUCCGACCACAAAGCCUCUCUGGUUAUGGCAGUGGUGUUGAGGAACCAUCAUUAGAGGAUCUUACUCAACUUCUGACUGAGAUUGUCGCUCUUCUUGACGCUGAUGCCGACUAUCUGCAGGUCAGUUCGGCGUGGCAGCAACAGCUGGCCUUCUCGACUAAGGCCAGCUGUCUGAUCAGUUUUCUGUGCUGUUCGCUAGCCAACGAAGAUAUCGCUGAUGCAGAUAUUAUCAUGGGCUGGCUUGAUGGUGUAUUGACAGAUCCAGUCCAACUUGCAGAUGAGAGGCUCGCUAGUGUGACCCUUAAAUGCAUGGCCAUCCUGGCAAAGACCUCAAAAGCCUUUGCUUCAAACUUGGCACGUUCCCUGCCUAGAUUUAUAGUACAAGGAAGGAUGACUAGCGACACUGUUGUCAUUGCUGCGAACUGCCUCGCAGACGUUCUGCAAAUGCUNCCCCAGGAUCUAGUCAUCAGUACACUAUACAGUCUCGGAAACGUGCUCAGCACCGGCCCUUCUACUAAUCAGGCCAACACGUCCUUGUUCAUUGAUGGGAAUGGCACUACGAACGGAACCAUGAAUGGUUCAAUGAACUCAUACACUCAACAACCUACAGGAAGUUCCAUCUCUCUGGUCACUAACGAUGAUGAAGAGACAGUCCUCGUUCACGCCGCAGUGAUCGAAGCGAUUGUUGCAAUCGCCAGGAAGUGUGAGAACGAAAAGAUCACAGCACUUGCUGUCUCCAUGUUGGUUCAGAAGAUUGGCCGCGUCAAUCAAGCUGUCGAUGCUAAGAUCAUCAUGGGAUCCGCAGCUCUUGGUUGCCAAAGCGAGCCGAACGAUUUGCGCCCACUGCUGAGGUUCUAUGCAAAACACGUUACCGAUGCUUUAGCUUCUGACAAUACUCCUAUGCUCCAAGCAGUCAUGGAAGCUCGCAUGUUGAUGGCAAGAAGCAUNCCCCCAACGUCUCCUCUCUAUGAGAUCUAUCUCACUCAUAUGUUGGAUGGCGUCGUAAGCACAAGUGAUGUUACUAACCGCGAUACCAAAACCAUGUUGAUCGACAAACUAGCUGUUGGUCAGAUUUCGCAAGUGUUACCUCCUUUGGCUACGCUUGCGGCAUUCAUGCCUUACGAGUAUGCCCAAUUUGAAGACCCGGAGAUGGUUUCUGCACUCAGUCGCGAUGCCUGGUUCAACCUCAUUGCACAUGACUUUUCUCUCAACUCAUCAUUUGCGAAGCAACAUCAGCAAGAGCUUCAGACUCUGGCAUGGUACACUCCGUCUUUGAUUGACAGUAACAAAGCCGACACCCAGGAGAGUGGUAUCGAUCUCAAUACUGUCCUUCGUCGUGGCAUGACUCCCCAACAUGCCGUACAGCUAAAGUCGCAGUUGAUAUCUGCUCUACCAGCACAUGAAACGGACAUCAAGAAUCUCAACUACGCCGAGCUUACCUUUUUGAACGCUGCUCAUUUGGUAGCAGUGCUGCGUGCUCAAUCCGGAGAUUGCACAAGGACACUCGAAUACUUCUUGGACCCCAAGUUCAAGAGCGGUGCUCUCAGUAACUGUCUGCUAGGCGUAGCAUUGAGCGCAGUUGAUACCUACUUGGCGCUUACCAUGACCGGCCGCAGUCAGACCUUUUCGGCAGCAAAUCUUGCGCAACAGCUAGCAAGGCUGCUUGAGAACUGCUGCCAUCGUAUCGACAAGGUGCAACAGGUGGCUACACUGGCCGCUGAUCGCAUUAUUGAUCAAGUACCUUCGUCACUUUGCCAGAGAACGUCACUCUUCGCUCUCCUAGAACUGCUCAGCCUAAUGUGGAUCAGUUGCCUGGAGGCGGAGACCGACGAGUACGAAUGCAAGUCUUUCUACAGCUCGGCGAAGGGUAAUGUUUCUCUACAGCUCUCCGACAACUUUGCUUACAGGCAGACUACACUGCGAGCAUUCCAACAGAAAUGUCGCCGCUGGGUACUUAAGACGCUGGAUCGUGCUCCNCUAGAUAUGAAAGGGCUUCUGCAGACAUAUCUCUCUGAUUACGAUGACGAGGAAGCGUAUGGUCGUAUAUCUAUGGGCAGGUCGUUCGCCCUUGAACUCGGUUCUCUCAUCCCGGGAACCGACCAGAGACUUGGCGCCAUCGACCGUAGGAUGGAUCCAGGGGUCAACACUGCUUCAGAUUUUGUUGCGCAGUACACCACUCGUCAAGAAUACCGCUAUCUGGAUACGACGUCCAGACUAGACGAAGAGCUUUUCCACGCACAACAGACUGGUAUCAUCGGGUUACCACGGUCUGCCCUGAGUGAACAGGCUCGCGAGAUCACCGCUUCCUUGCGAGAGAUGAACAACAAUCUUCGCAACCACCAUCCAGCCUCAGCUGAAGACCUGAGAUCCAAUCUCAGACGUGCGGCAGCAAUACUGUGUAAAGUAGACGCCGAUCGCUUUGGGCUUGCUCAGCAGUUGGUCAGUAUUCCUUUUACUUCUUUUAGCAAACCAGCUAUCAAACUCGGUGUCUCGCUCUGGAUGGGAGUGAUCAAAGAGAACCCACCAAUGGAAUCUCGGGUCCUUGUUGAGAUUGCCGAAGGCUGGGAGACGACAAUCCAGAAGAAGCGAGGCAUUUUCAGCCAGACGUUCAACCAUCUCGACCCAUUCUAUGUCAAAGAAGAGUUCGCUCCUACCGACAAGAGUGCCAUCACCAAACGUCAGCAACAGAUUCACGACUUGAUCGCACCUCAUUUCAGACUCGUUCAAUUCCUGUCAAGCCACUUCAACGCCACCAGAUUAAGUAACCCACAUACUGGUCGCGUCUUCCACCGUUUGAUGCGUGUCACACUUGCAGCCUUGAGACGAAGCGGUAGCCAUCCUCUUGCUCGCGAGGUCCAUUUCCAUGUCAUCUUGCUGGCUCUUCGAGUUAUCAGCUAUGGCACUGGUUACGAUGAGAAGUCUCGCUGGGAGCUCAAGGACCAGAUUCUGUCUGCUGCUCUCAGGUGGUUCAACUUCCCCGCUCGGUGGUCUUAUGGCGGGAACAAGCUGCAAGUCAAAGCUGAAGUGCAAGUCAUGUCGGAUGUCAUCCUGGCAAUUCAGGCUGUCGCUUCAAUGGGAGCCAAGAUGUUGCCUCCUAUGCAGCCAUUGCAAGCGAAACAGGAUUUGCUUCUCCAUUUACUGCAGAACGAGAUCACCAGAUUGAACGUGUGGUUGUCNCCCCUAGGUCAGGACACUCCGCAUACUACAUAUGGUCAGCAGGGUAGAGCCAAUGAUACUGCAAUCGCUGCUCUAAUCACGACCGCUUGGGCAGAGGCCCCAUCUCUGGCCGUACAGAUGGCUUUCAGAUUCCCUUCGUUGCUUAUUCAAAACCAAGUCCGCUCGUUGUUGGUCACCUAUCCUGAAAAGGCGCUACAUGAGCCCGAUGCUCUGCAAAUAAUGCUUGGUACCAGUAUGCCGCAUGACGUCUCAUCCCAACUAAAGCUUAUANNGUAUCUAUUGUACUGGGCUCCGGUCAAUCCCAUCACUGCUGUUACAUAUUUCCUGCCAGCGUACGGGAACCAUGCCUUCGUGGUACAAUACGCGAUGCGUGCUUUGGAAAGCCAUUCUGUUGAUGUAACGUUCUUCUACGUACCUCAGAUCGUGCAGACGCUCCGUUACGAUUUGCUGGGCUAUGUCGAACGUUACAUUGUCGAAACUGCCAAGUUCUCUGGAUUAUUCGCGCAUCAAAUCAUCUGGAACAUCAAGGCCAAUGCUUUCAAGGAUGAAGAUUCACAGAUUCCGGAUCCCGUCAAGCCAACGCUCGACAAAGUCAUGGAUUCGCUCAUCUCCAGUUUCUCAGACGAAGAUCGAGACUUCUAUGAGCGCGAGUUUGGAUUCUUUAGUGAAGUGACAAGCAUCUCUGGAAAGCUCAAGCCUUUCAUCAAGCGACCAAAGCCGGAGAAGAAGGCAAAGAUCGAAGAGGAGUUACGCAAAAUCCAAGUUGACGUCGGUGUUUACCUCCCAAGUAACCCUGAUGGAGUUGUUGUGGGUAUCGACCGAAAGUCUGGAAAGCCCCUUCAGAGUCACGCCAAGGCCCCGUACAUGGCGACCUUCCGUAUCCGCAAAGAGAGAAGUCCAGACCUCGAAGCAGUUGACGAGCAGCUGGAUCAUGUAGCCGAAGAGGGCGAACCCCGUAAAGAGACCAGCUACGAAGUGUGGCAGUCGGCAAUCUUCAAGGUUGGUGACGAUUGUCGCCAAGACGUGCUGGCCCUGCAAAUGAUCGCAGCUUUCCGUGGCAUCUUCAACAACGUUGGACUGGACGUUUAUGUCUUCCCAUACAGAGUGACAGCCACAGCCCCUGGAUGUGGUGUCAUCGAUGUCCUUCCGAACUCCAUCUCGCGUGAUAUGCUUGGUCGCGAAGCGGUCAACGGACUCUAUGAAUACUGGGUAUCGAAAUACGGAACAGAGGACUCGCUUCGUUUCCAACAAGCGCGCAGCAAUUUCGUCAAGAGUAUGGCUGCUUACUCGGUCAUCUCAUACCUACUGCAGUUCAAGGAUCGACACAACGGCAACAUCAUGGUCGACGACGCAGGUCACAUCCUGCACAUUGAUUUUGGUUUCAUCUUCGAUAUCGCACCUGGUGGUGUCAAGUUUGAACGCGCGCCGUUCAAGUUGACUGGCGAGAUGAUUGCGGUGAUGGGCGGGUCGACACAGUCGCAACCCUUCAAGUGGUUUGAAGAGCUUUGUGUCAAGGCAUUCUUGGCAUCCAGGCAACAUGCAGAGAAGUUGAGCCACUUGAUUGUUGUCAUGUUGGACUCCGGCCUGCCAUGUUUCAAGCCGGAAACCAUCCAGCAUUUCAGGGAGAGGUUUGUGCUCGACAAGAGUGAGCGCGAGGCGGCUGACUUUAUGCGCUCGCUUGUGCGCUGGAGUGGAAAGAGUCACAGCACGGGUGUAUAUGACCAGUUCCAGCUCCUCACGAACGGUAUCCCCUAU